CAUGAGUCCUGCACGCUCCCGCCACAGUAUAAAGCACUAACAUUAACGCCAACACCAACAACUGGCAUCCCCCAAACGUUUCCAAUAUUCCCACCUAAAGACAUGUCUCAUCAAGAUUCAGAGCCGGAGGAGGCCAUUACCAGGGAAGAGAUCCGUGGUGAAGAGCCUGCAAAGAAGUCGACCCGCAAUGCAUGCAAGUCACACACUCAACUCGCUCGAAACAUUCUUACAAGUGACAGUCGCAGAACUCAUGGCCCCAAAGAGGAAAACACCGCCCGAGACAAAUACAGCUCGGCCAUCGCGUAGCGGAAACCCGUUCAAAGACCGCAUGGGCUUGGGCGCAUAUCUUGAAGAUCCAGCCUCAUACCCAUCCUCACGCGUCAUCUAUCACAACGAGGGCUUUGUCGCAAUAAACGACCGUUAUCCAAAGGCCACAAUUCACACUCUACUUCUCCCUCGCUCGCCAAAGUAUAAUCUUCUCCAUCCAUUUGAUGCCCUAGAUGACCCAGAGGUCCUUGCCAAAGUGAAGACGGAGACUCAGCGCCUCAAGGCUCUGGUCGCAAAGGAACUCCAACGUCGUCUUGGCACGCACAGUCAGAGCGAUGCUCAUCGGCAAGCCGUGCUCGAUGGAGAUGCCGAGCCGGACCAGAGUGGGGAACUCCCGGAGGGUCGGGACUGGGCCGCAGAAGUCAAGGCCGGCGUGCAUGCGGUACCAAGCAUGAGACACCUUCACGUUCACGUUUUCUCGAGAGAUAUGUUCUCUGAAGCAUUGAGACAUCGCAAGCACUACAAUUCGUUCAAUACGCCGUUUCUGGUUGAUCUGGACGACUUUCCGCUUGCAGCUGAUGAUCCGCGCAGGAAUACGAAGGAGGAGGCGUAUUUGCGCUGGGACAUGAAGUGCUGGAGAUGUGGGCUCAACUUUGGGAACCAGUUCCAAAAGCUAAAACGACAUCUUGAAGAGGAGUAUGAGACAUGGAAGAAACUUUAGAUAGGAGAAGUGGGAUGGGAU